CUUAACUCUCGUAAAUCACCCCUGCACGAAAGCGGAAGCUCGCAAUAAACGUCAAACAACUUCCUCGUUUGUUGGCAAAGUCGACGGAAGUAGACAAUAGAACGUAUGGUGUAUAGUUUCACCGGAAGUGGAAUUGUUCUCAGGAGUAUUGCGUAAACUGAGAGAUAGAAAAGAUUUCACUCGACGUUUUCAAGAAUUCUUGGGAAACUGGUGUUCGAGGAUGAAAUAUCUUCUUAAUAAUAAUAUACUUCGGCUGAGGUAAUUGAAGAGUUCGAGUAAACGUCUGAUGCGUUCGAAGAUUUCCGGGAAACUUGUAUGUUAAGGUAAAUAUUUUCUUAAACGUAACUCUGUAUGUAUUCAGUUUAGAAUUUACUUUGCCACAAGAUGGUAUCGAAUGCGGUUAAUGAUUAAUAUUAUUCUUGCAAAUGAAAUAGUGGAAGGAAAAAGUUGUUCUCGAGCAACUUUCUAUAAGUCGAUGCUUAAUAAAAUGGCAAGAAACCAUAACCCGGUUUGCCGGUCGUUUAUCAAGCGUCAAAAUAGGUCAGGAAACCCUCCAUUUUCCUCGGCGACGAUUCAUUUUCUUCGAGAGGAAGGGAUGAAAAACGAUGAAACGUACAAAUAUACUUUAUGCCUCCGUUAUAAAAGAACAGCAACAGGAAAGAAAUUAGAAGCAAAUAGAAGACUUUUAGAAACGAUCAAGCCGAAGGAUUUCGUGCAAGAUCAAAUAAACUUGGACCACCUGGUAGUAAAAGUUUCUUCGCAAAGUUUUACAAAAAUCUAAAGAGAGAGAAAAAAAAGAGAUCUCUGUCUUUAUUUUCAUUUAGAAUAUUUCUCACUUUCGAUGUUCUCCGAUGAAAAACAACCUUUCGACCUAGAAGGAAACUUAACUUUUAGUCAGAAAAAUGAACGAAGGGAGAUUUUUAUGACGUUCCACGCCUUCUUUAUCUUGUUUACCCCGAGUAAAUCGAGCGUACGUUUGCAUCGCAAUUGUGGCUCCUCCAUGUCUGACAGAUCAUUAAGCCUGCCAUCUGCUUCAAAUAUUUCCGGACAAUUGCGUACGGGGACAAUUCUGUGUCCUCCUACGAGGCUCGCAUUAACCCUAGGAAUUCGUUUAACGUGUUUCUGUUUCUUUGCUUCUUGUUUCAGGGCCGAUGACUUCACCCUCCUUUCAUUUUGUUUACUCUGUGUCGAAAUGGCACUUCCCUCUAAUUUAAGUGGCGAAAAGGGAAGAAAUCGUGCCCGACAGGGUUUCGUUCUGUACACUCGAAGGUGGUAGACGGUCACGUUGUCUUCGGCAACAGCGUUGACCAAGUUGUUAAAUGGCCUCAUUAAAUUUUCACCGUUUCUCUCGAUCGAUCUCCUUCGAGAUAAGGAUGUGAAUUCCACCGGCUGUGUUGUUUUUCAACGAACUCACCCUCGCCAAACGAUCCGUUGAUCCCCAUCGCUUAAAUGUCCACCUACCAACCUCUAUUAUCUAGCGAUUCGAUCCUAAAAGAGGACGUGCCGAGGCAGGAUGAUCGAGAGCACAGCAGAGUCAACGAGCUUUCCAGAAUAAUCGAGCAGUCAACUUUUCAGACGACACCAGGCGUGGUUUCGAUGUUGGAAAGGUGUUUGAUAGAAACUGGGUCGCUUUAAGCAGAGUUCCUGGAAAAUAGAAAUCAUCGGAAGCUUACAGAUCCUACUAAUUGCAGCAAUUGGAGAAAACGCUGAGUUUGAUAGCUAAUAGCGAUCUAAGGAUCAAAUAUCAUACUGACUGAGGUAAUUCGAGAGAAGCUCUGGAUCCUCUUGAUUUCGAUGAGAAGAGAAACCAUUCAACAGCAAUCCAUCAGUGACCUAGACAGUCGUAUGGGUAAUUGCAGUAAUUCGAGCAAAAUGGUGAACUUGUAAGCUAACAAUGAUCUAGAGGAUAAUUUGAAACAGAGUAUGUUUUACUGAAUCUUCAAGAGCCUUCGCCCUAUUACGGAGAUUCGAAGAAAGGCUACGGUCGUUCGUUGGUACACUGGUACACUGAUCCAGAGGAUAACCUGAACCAGAGAAAUCUCAAUAUCAAAGAUACCUCCUCUAUGCAGUAAUUCUAGAACUGGACUGAAUUGGAGAGAAAUUCUGAAUUCGAGAAGAUAAUUUCGUCUCCAAAUCCUCAUAAUUACAACCAGCUGAAACGGAAAUUGGGGAACGUUAACAACCCGGAGGAUUUAACGAAAAUCGAAACUCGAGCCAUAGCUUUUCUUAAUUUAAACAAAAUUCAAUAAAGAUCUAAAUUUUCUUUCAGAUGAUUUUGAAAACGAUACUCCUAGGAAGUUUGCUAUUCCAGUCAUCGGUAACAGAGAAUAAUGAUUCAAAUCACCAACAGAGAUUCCAUAAAGCUAUUGAAUACUGGACAGAGAUACUGUGCACCAUGCAAAAGACGAAAACCAUUGUGUUCCAUGGAAUUUUCACAAAUGGUACAAAAACAUUGCAAGACUUUUUUCAGGUUCUUCUUCGAACCACCAACGAAUACUGUAAUUCUGUUAUUUUAUUGAAAAUAUAUUCUUCCUCAAACGUGUAUCAAGAGCAAACUACAAAUAUAAUAAAACAUAAUAGUCUAAAUAAUCAUUUGCAUAACAAAUGGAAUGUAAAAAGAAAUUGGAGGAAGAACGAUGAACAUUUCAUUGAUGUAUGGAGUAUGAAUGUUAUAUUUUUCGGUGACAAUGAUGCUUUCGAGAAACUAUUGAAUACGUCUAUCGUAUUGAACAGCAGAGAACAUUUCAUCGUGCUAGCUGUUUGGAAUGAUGCUUUGGAAAUGUUACUAGACAGGAGACAAAUGAUCGAUAGAAUACUGAGGAAACUGUGGUCGGAGCAUCGUGUUCUAAACGUGAUUUUCAACGAACCACUGUCGAAUCGAGGCUUCAAUUCAUACGCGUACAAUCCGUUCAUGAUGAACAAAGAAAAAAGUUGGGGACAAUUAGAGAGGGUGGAGAUGACCUCUCAAAGGCAUAUGCUGCAUUUAUUGUCGACACUGCAUCAACGACGUACCAUCAACUUCCAAGGGCACAAAUUUAACGUGAGCAUGUUUCAUCAGGACCAGGAAGGGGCGAAAAUCCAAGGGAAAAUCGACCCUAACUCUGUAUACGUUUAUUCUGGAGGAUACAAUUGGACCAGUGGAAUCUUACUGGGUGUAUUAGCUCGAAAAACUAAUUUUACAGUAAAUGUUAUCGAACCUGCCGACAACGAAUCGUAUGGGUAUCAAAUGGAAAAUGGCAAGUUCAAUGGAGCCAUAGGUGACCUACUGGAAGGCAAAGUGGUCGCCUCUUUUGCUUUUUUCUUCGUCAAGAGGUACGGGAACGAUAUAAGCGGUAUGGAGUUUACCGCGACCGUCGGCUUUGAUGAAGUAUGCGUGAUAACGCCGAAAGCAGCGAAUAUACCAAAGGGUUUAAGGAUAUAUCAGAUUUUUCAACUGUCCGUGUGGUUCUGCAUCUUCCUAUCCUCCACUUUGGCGUACCUGGCAUGGUAUUAUAUUCAAGUAUUUGCAUCAAGAAGAUUGAAGAAAAUCGACGGUCAGAGAAUAGCACUCCAUACGCUGCUCGUUAUUUCUGGAUAUCCGAUACCACUGCCUAAUGCAACAAGCGAACGAUGUCUUUUAGUUGGCGUUCUAAUCAGUAGCACCACCAUAGUGGGAGUAUUCAAUGGCAUGCUUUAUACAAUGUUCGCUAACAACGUGUAUUACAAAGAAAUUAAUAGUCUGAAAGAAUUGGACAAGUCUGGAUUGCCUAUUGGAUAUUCUGCAAGUACAAAAGAUUUAUUUGGUACCAAGAACGAUUUCAAUUUACACCCAAUCUUCAAAAGACUUCAGAAGAAGAUGAUUUAUAUUCCUAAUAAUAUUGAAAUGACAGCGACUUAUCGUAACGUCAGUGGAUUACUUAGAAAGCAGCACUAUCUUUUGAUAGGUCACACUUUGAGAAAUAAAUACGGGGAAAAGUUGGUGCAUCGUAUGAAAAAAUGUCCAGGGGUGAUUCGAGUUGCGAAACGACUGGACAGAACGGUAAACCGAUGAGACUGGACAACAAAUCGACUAAACAGAGCAUUAAAUCGAGUUGACUGACGAGGAAACCAAUGGGAUUAAAUACAGAAACGGUUUACAGGUUGAAAAAUCUAAAAAAAAAAGAAGCCUUUAUAAGAUAAAAAUGAUAUAAAAAUUUUGUUUCAGCUAAAUUUUAUCUGGCUUGUCUUCUACCAAGCAACUCGUUUCUUCGAGAAAGGAUCAAUACCUUGAUCAACAGAUUGAA